AUGACCACUCAUGCCUCCCAAGCGGGAAGAAAGAGGUCAGCUAGAAAGCCUGUUCAGAAAGCAACCGUGAUUGAAACCGCUCACGAAAUUCUAAGCAAGGCUGCAUCACCUGUCGACAAGAGGAUUCUGGAUCGGAUCCAAAAGUGUCUAAAUCGCGCCCACCAUGCCAACACGUCAGAAGCGGAAGCCAAAGCCGCUCUCUUUGUAUCUCAAAAGCUCAUGAGCCAUCACAAUGUGACCCAAGCGGACCUUAUGGCCAGUGACAACAACAGCAAUAAGGCACAUUAUGGUGGACGGAGCGUCGUGAGCAUUACAAGGACCGGGAGUUCGUCGAAAAGGGUUACAAAGGAGGCUUUCGCGAUGAAGUUGGCAACAACAAUGGGUACCCUAUUCGACUGCAAAUCCUUUUCGACCGAUUUUCGCACGAGUUUGCAAUGGACUUUUUUUGGAAUUGCUCAAAAUACUGUUGCGGCAGCGAUGGGGUUUCAGUUCGCUCACAACCAAAUUCUGGACUGGGCGGGUGCCUAUAAAGGCGGCACAACCACAUUCAGUUACCGACUUGGGGUGGCAGAUGGGCUUGCGGCCAUGGCCUAUUGUGAAAAGAAAAGAGAGUUUGAGCAAGUGCAACGCAAAGAGCUAGAUCUGAUUGCGGCUAAAGAGAGCGAAGAAUCAAAGAAGCGUCAACGAGAAGUUAACAGACUACAUCUUCUACCGACCUCCAAGGCCGAUUCAAGCAGCCCCUCAGACUCUGAAGACAAACUUCUGGUGCCAAAAAGCCCGUCUUUAGACAUGGCUGACUCCGGUAUGGACUCCGAUAGCGAGCCCGAUGAGGUUGACGUGCUUGUUUUCAAGGCCGACUUUAACAUUGACGACGCCCAAAUUCAAAAUUUCGGAGAUGACUUGGACGACAGUAUUAACAGAUUCGUGAAAGAUGAGUCUUCAGAGCCAUCGAAUUCCAUUGAAAUUCCCAAAUACAGCAUGGGUUCAGAAGCCACAGUCAAACCAGAGUCUUCGCCUACGUCCGUGACAUCUCCCUGGGAAUCUGGAAUGCAACUUGCUCAGUUCCGGGCAACAGCGGAGCAGGUUGCGGAUGACUAUCUGAAGCAGAACAAUAUCAAACUACGCAGCGGUAGAAAGCGAUCAUCAAAUGUUCGUGAUCUAUGUGCUUAUCAGCGCGGUAAACAGGACAGUUCGAAAAUUCAAAUCCGUCGACAGCCGUUGGCCUGA